ACCAGGGAGUGGGAGAGGACUCAAGAGAGACAGAUGAAUGGAAAAAAGUGUCAGAGUUUGUACAUUUGACGAUGAACAGGUUGCUUUUGUAUUUGGGAAGAGAGUCUAGGAAUAUUGAAUAUUGACCUGCAGGUCACGUCUCAGCUUCAUCUUCAUUUCCCAUGUUUACGGAUCACCCCAGGUCUUAAUACAGAGAGACCACAGAGCUCCUCAGCUGGACCUGAACCUUUUUUUCUUAUUAGCUGGAUGAACAGAGCCUGUAUGGAGCACGGCAGCAUAGCAGAGGACGCCUGUAUCUCCACAGGAUGUGUGGAGGAUGUAACAACCCUGGACUCGGUUAUGUAUGAAAUUCCACUGCAGAAAAAACGGGACAAACUGCCUUUUCAGAUCUUUCCAGACCCGGUGGAGGUGGUGCUGCACCCAGAGGGAACUCUGGUAUGUGUCCCUCAGGGGAAAGAGCGUCUUCCCUCCAUCGUGGUGGAGCCAACAGACAUCAGUGAGGUGGAGAGCGGCGAGCUGCGCUGGCCUCCGGAGCAGGGAGACUCUGAGGAUGACGACCUGUUUUUGGAGCAGUGUAUCCCGCCAGCUAACAUUGCUGACUGGGGGGAGGAAGAUGAGGAUGAGUCCAUCAUCAUCAGCAAUCAGCCAAGCACCUCCCUGUUGGAGCUUCAGACAGAUGAUUUCAGAGAUAACACCCCAACACUUCUUCCUGAGAAUGUUCCUGCAUUAAACUGAACAACUGCAUCACACUCCAGCCCUUGCCUUGGUCACAAAAACACAUUUGGUCCAAUUUAAAGAACUUUUUCUUAAUUCUUUUUUUUUUAAUUUUGUACUAAGUAAGCACCAGUAAACAAUUCUGACUUCAGUCUUCAGUAUUGCAUUCUGAACGAGGAACUAAUACAAGCCUUCCAUGACAUCAAUCAUCCUACUUGUGUGUCAGAGAACUGCGCAAUUUGUGAGAACGGCACAUAUUCUGCGCAUCACAGCAACUUCCAUUUCCUGUUCCUCUUUCACUGACCUUUUUAAUCUAUGCAAGUCACCUGUCUUAGUAAAUAUGAUAAAAAAUAACUUUCUUUUUUCCUAAACACAUGUUUUUCUGAAUGAAAUAAUUCUGUUGUGUCAGAAUUCGCUGAAUGACAGAAAAUCUGUUGUGUUUUACGGAACCGGCAACUCUAAUAAGGACUUUAGCUUCAUUAAAAAAUAAAAUAAAUAAUAUUUGAAUUCACUGUAAAGACAAAUCCUAGCUAACUACCUAUGUCCAAUAAGUAGCUAGACAAAAAUGUCUGUGCCAAUAAAUUAAAUUCAGUUCAAUUUUAUUUGCAAAGCGCUUUUAACAAUCAACAAUAGUAAAAAAAAGAGAUUAUUGUUAUACAGAAGUUCAAGAUUAAUAUUAGACUUCUAUUUAAAUGUGUUUGUAUUUAUCCCUAAUGAGCAAGUCUGAGGUGACUGAGACGACUACGGCAAGAAUAAAUCUUUUAGAUGGAAGAGGAAGAGUGUUGUUAUGAAUAAUGUCUUUUCUACAGUCAGAUACAGUCUGACAAUUGUGUAUUGAUUAGGAGGUUGUUGUAAUUAAAGACCACAUGGAGUUGGAAUCUUCUCUUUAAAUGUCCAAAAUACUCAUGGCAUGAAAUCCAACUGGAGCUGAUACAAUCUCCAUGGGAUCUGUAGAAAAAGAGAAACUAGCUUGCAUAUCCUUGUAUUUUGUUAAUUAUGUUAACCACCAUUUGACCACCAGGUAAAUCAUUUAGUUUAUAUGAUUCUAAUUAACUUAUAUUAGCUAGUUCAUUUGCUAUUAGCUUGCAAAAAGUUUGCUUGCUACUGUCGCUGCCACUAACAGGAUUUAGCUUCCUUUCAGCUGUUGUUACACUUAGGUUCCUUUGGGCCUUUGCUACUAUUAAUGGACAAAAAAGGAAAAUCAAUUAAUCAAUCAAUCAAUCAAUCAAUCAAUCAAUCAAUCAAUCAAUCAAUCAGUCAACCAAUCAAUCUAACCUAAGUGUAUGUAAAAUGUGUGUUUUUUUUUUUUUUUAAUAAUUAUAAUAGAAUUGUUGUAAACGUUAAUAAAAC